CUACGCAGUUUUCUGACAAAAAGUGACAAGUGCGAAGAAGAAAAUAGGGAGAAAAAGGCAAGAAAAGCGGGGUUUUGGCGUCAAAAGUGCAUUCUGGAGGCAACAAACUGUGGAAAAUCGAGCGAUAAACACCCCACAAUAAGCGAUGAAGAGAAGAAAUGCCGAUUGUAAAUUGAGGCGCCCCAUAAAACGCAAUAAAAUCACGGAAGGAAUGUACGGAAGCAAUACAAUAUUGUACAUCAAGUUCCUGUUACUGUGGGCCAUUGUGAUUACAGCCGAUUUCAUGUUGGAAUUCCGCUUUGAGUUUCUCUGGCCGUUCUGGCUGCUUCUCCGUUCCGUUCAUGACUCUUUCAAGUACAAGGGACUGGCUUUUUCCGUUCUCUUUGUGUGCAUCGCCAUCACAUCGGAUCUCAUAUGUUUAUUUUUUAUACCAGUCCACUGGCUGUUUUUUGCAGCAAGCACAUACGUUUGGGUACAAUAUGUGUGGCACACAGAAAAGGGCAUUUGCUUGCCGACAAUCGUGCUGUGGAUGCUUUUCCUGUACAUUGAGGGUGCAGUUCGCUGGAAAGACAGUCGACAUAUGCCACAUUUGGAUCUCUGUCGACCUUUUGCUGCCCAUUGCAUUGGCUAUCCAGUGGUGACACUGGGUUUCGGCUUCAAGAGCUACGUCGGCUUCCGGAUGCGCCAGCGAAAGCAGCGCGAGGUGGCGAAGGAGAAUGAGUUUUACAUGCAACUGCUGCAGCAGGCGCUGCCGCAGGAGGAGCCCGCCGAGGACGCGAUAGCGCUGACGGAGAGCAUCAGUGUGACGGCUGCCGCGACGACGACGACGAUGACGUCGACGACGACCACGACCACGACCACGACGAUCAACAAUGGCGACGUGACGAGGAGCAGCAGUGGCAGCGGCGCCAAGAGUCCACCGAAGGCGCUCAGCAUAGUCACAGUGACGUCGAGCCAGUCGAAUGGUCAUGCCGUGGGCGCGUCAGCGUCGUCGAACGGCAGCGUGGCGAGUGGCUAUCCGGGUGGCCGUGGACAUGGCAAGAGGAACAGCACUGCGGAUGCGAGCAGCAAAUGUGAUCUUAACAAUCAUAGUAGUAGUAAAUCAUCCAUUCAUCACACGUCAUAUCAUCAGCAGCAGCCGUGCUCUUCCGCAUCAUCUUCCACGCAUAAUUCCGCCGCGGCGGCCACGAAGGAUGUGACGCGUUCAUCGAGUGACAGUCUGUCUGGUGGAUCGUCGCGUGAGCGCGACAGAGAGCAGAACACAAAGACUGAUCACCGAUCCAUAAUACACAAUAGUCCAGAACCGAAUGGACAGAGUGCUGGCGACGGAUCGCCAUCAUCGACAAAAUCAUCAUCACAGAGCAGCAGCAACAGAGUACAACAGAAUGGUGGCAUCAAUUACAAUUGCAGCGAACAGGAGGCGGAUGUGACCAUGGAGCGGGGCAAGAAAAGGAAUCGCGCCAAGCAAAAGGACUCAGCGCGGGACAAUCAUCAUCAGCAGCAUGUGAAUGGCAUGGAGAGUGGUGGCCAGAGUGCACAGAAUCACAGUCAGACGUCACAGACGCUGCCGCAGGUGUGCGAAUCGUGUCUGCGACUCGAGGGUGAGGUGAAGAAGAUGCGAUCGGAUAUGGGGCACAUGAGACAAGUGGAGCACGAUCUGAGGCAGAAAGUGGACUCUGGGGCGACCAUCAAGUCUUGUCUGCAGGCCAAGCAGAAGGAGAAUGAUGAGCUGGAGAAGAAGAUUCAAGAUCUCAACAACUCGAGGCACGUGGACAGGCAGAAUUUGCAGAAUGCUGAGAAGAGGCUCGGCGAGGAGCGCCGUCAGCGACUCGCCUUGGAAGCCCAAUUGACUAAUGAGCGGAAGAUUCGUGUGAAGAUUGAAGAGAAAGCGGCUAAAUUAACUGAAUGUGGCGAAUCGUGCAAGAUGAAGAAGAGACAUUUGGAGUCCGAAGCUGGACGCUUAAGACGUGAAUUGUCAACAACCGAUGAGCAGAGGAAGAGUAGUGAACAGCAGAACAGAAGAUAUGAAGAUGAGAUUCGCAAAUUGGAGGCAGAGAUGAGAAAUCGCGACGCUCAGCAGAGCACAGAGAUGCUUAUGUCAGCAUUGGCGGCGAUGCAGGAUAAGAAUUCGACGCUGGAGAAGAAUUUGUCAGCUGAGACGAGAUUUAAAUUGGACUUGUUUUCUGCACUCGGCGAGGCGCGACGUGAAGUGGACAUAAAGGAUUCACUGAUUCGCAGCAUGGAGAAGGAGAUGCUGGAGCUGAAGGGGAAGAUUGCUCAAUUGCUGGCCGUGAUGCCGGCCAUGCCGACGGAAUCCUUCAGUUUGACGCCCAAUUCGUCAGCCGGCAGCUCAAUGUUGCGCCUCAAUGACACACCGCCGCUGAUCAUGGCGCAACAGAGUCCGAGUCAGGUGCAGAUGGGCCUCGGCGCGCCGUCGAUCAUCUGCCAACUGACGGCGGCCAGUCAGGGUGUGUCGAAUUGCGUUCAGCAGCAGCGCGAGGCGCCUGGCGUGGGCAACAUGGGUGGCAAUUCGUCGAAUCUUGAUCCCAAUGCCACGGCGUACACGCCCAAGAAUUCGUCCCUCGUGGGCGGCACGGAGGCCUGACUGGAUCGCGUGGUGUAAAGGAGAUUCCCCAACAAUCUUCCAUCUGAACACUAAAGCUGAGGAUCAUUUAUCAGCGAUUGCGCGCGCGCGCGCGAGAGAGUGAGAAAGAGAGAGAGAUGAGGUACGUAUGUAUGAUUUUUUCUUCAUUCACAAUUGCGAGGACAGUUGAGAAAAACAGGAAUUAUGAUGUGAAAAAAAUUUGGGGUAAGAAAGAGAAAGAAAGGAAGGAAUCGACAAAAUCCGAAGAAAUGUUAUAUUAUAAGUUUCUGUUCUCCAACGAUUUGUGCUUAUUCUUUAAUUCCUUCGUCACCCACUCAAUUUCUCCGGCUGCAACUGUUGAAAACAGAGAGAGAGAGAGAAAGAGAAACAUUAGGAAAUGAUUGAUAAGAGCUGAGGGAGAAAUGGAUUAAUUCUAUUCACGAAUCAACCAACAAUGUUCAACUCAAUUUGACUGAUUUGUAUUCUUUCGAGAUAUGCUAGUUUUUUUUUUUUGUUCACGAAUUAGUAGUUUGUGCUUUUUUUCUUUUAACAUUUUCCAUUUUAUUUAGAGCGCGUGAUUGAAAAUUUACUCACAACACACGAAAAGAAGAUGAAAAGGAAAAAUAUCCACACUGUCCAAGAAAUAUUUUUUUAUUGUAACACUUCAAUAUUGAAAUGGUCUUUAUUAUAUAUAUAAAUGAAUUUAAAAAAAAAAUACUCAUUUGAGAUACACUUGAGACGACAAAAAAAUGGUAUGAAUUGCGUUUAAUGCGAAACAAGAAGAGAUGAAGAAAGAAAAAUAAGAAAAGAGAAUGAAGAAAAAGCGAAAUGAGAGUGGAGAAAAAAAUGAAAUUAUUGUAUGAAUUUUAUUUUUUCAUUUAACUUUUGUGAUAUAAAUUAUAGACUAAAAAAAACAAGAAAAGAAGAAGAAGAUGUGGAAAAACUGAAGAAACAGACUUUUGUUUAGUGUUAUUUAUUAUUAUUUUUAAUUAUUAAUUUACUUCAGAGAGAAAGAAAAAUGACGAGAGGUUGAGAUUCAAUAGAAGAGAAAUGCGAGCGCUUUAACGCUGAAGAUCUUUUUUUUUUGUAUAAUUUUCACUGUAAAACCGAUUUUUGCGUUUUUUUUUUGAGAGACUUUUUUGCCAAGUGACUUACAAAAAGAACAGUGAUUUUUUAAUUAGUAGAAAAGCACGCUUUUUUUUGUAAAAAUCAUUUUGUAUUAAGGAGGGUUUUUUUUCUGGAUUUAUGAUCAAUGACAGAAGUUUGUAAAGUGUAGAGAAAUGAAGAAAUGACGGAAGAGUUAAUCAUAAAGGAUACAAUAGUGAUAAUUUGCACCUUUCCUAGCCGAGAAGUUAACUUACAAUAAACAACAAGAACAACAACAAAACUAUGAAUGGGAGAAAAAUUAGACAGAAGGGAAAUGAAGAGGGAAAGGCAAGAGAGAGAAUUGAAGAUUUUUCUUUUAAAAUACACACACACACACACACACAGUAAUUCCACACCGAACUUCAACAAUCCUCCUUAAAUGUCGUAAAAUUAUGGAAUGACACGUGGAAAACUGAACUGAUGGUUUUCUUGUGACAAAAAAAACUUUUGAUUUUCAUCCCUGUAAGCGAGAAAAAGAGAAAAGUUAGAGGCGAGAAAUGAGAAGGAAACGUGUAAAAAAGUCUAAAUAGUAGAGUGAUGUGAUGCUGGUUGUAAUUUUGUUAAAAAAAAUAUUGUGAGUUCGCUCUCUAUAUGUGUCAAUACCUCAGAAUAUAAUCGAUAAAUGCAAGAAAUGAUCAAUACAAGAAAAUUGUAUUUGAGAAAAAGCCACAAAUAUUAAUAAAUUAACAGAAGAGAA